AGAAUUCAUGAGUUGGCGAUAUUAAAGAAAGAAAACCAACCCACACGAGAGCCUUAACAUCCCACAAAACUUCCCUAAAAAAUUAAACGAAAACAAAAACCAAUUCAUAAAUCCUUAUAAACUUUCCUUAAUCCCCGGUUACAACAACCCGAACAACAUUUACUCAACACACAAAAAACCAAAUAGAGAUAAAAAUUUUUGAAAACAAAAGCACUUGAAAAACCGCCUCAAUGACGUUAGAAAAUUAAAAUCAAUUUGCCCAUCAAUUGAACCAGAACAGAAAAAACCUGCAAACCAUCAUCAUCAUCAAACGAACGAAACUUUUAUUUGAAACGUUAGAGCAACAACAUGCCGAUUUACCAUAAAACUGCAGCCUCGAUAGUGGGAAAUCAUAAUACGGCUGAAAUUGAUUAUCAUACCUCGGAAGCAGCCAAAGUUAAACGGACACGUGAGCAGGCAUAUUUCAAUUCUUAUGAUUUUGAUGCAAUUGAAGUGCUGCCCUACGAGGACGAAGAGGAUGAAGAUGACGAGAGAAGGAGUAGUUAUACGAGGGAAAGGGAACGGAACUUAGCGUCUAAUAGUCAAACAAAAAAGCCAUCAAAGCAAACGCCACAACUAACAGCAACGCAUCAUCAUCAGCAACACCAACAUCAUCAUCAGCAGCAGGAGCAAUUGCAAUUGCAGCGACAGAAACUAGCAAAUCAUAGUUUUAGUGCUGGCAGUUCAAGUAGUAAUAAUAAUCAUCAGCAGCAGCAGCAACAUCAUCAGCAUCAUCCUCAUCAGCAACCACUUCAUCAUGUCAAUAGCAAAUAUAAUCCCUCCCUGUAUUUGCAACGUAUUACGGGCAUAUUUGCAGCUAAAACCAACAACCAACAUCAUCAUCAUCAUCUUCAACAGCAGCACGUUAAUGGUGUGGGCAGUGUUGGAGUUGCUGGUGUUGCUAACAAUGAUAUUGCUCUUGCUGUUAAUGCCCGCAGCCAUAAUGAUAAUAAACACUUAAAAUUGUCAUCCUCUGAAACAUCAUCCACAUCAUUGUCUUCCUCUUCUAACGCUGAAGAGAUUCUCAAUGCUGUCAAUGUGGGCAAUGAAGCUAAAAAUGUAGAUGUUGUUGGCAGUGGCAGUGUCAGUGGUGUCAUUGCCACUGGCAGUGGUCUUGGUAAUAGAGCGGCAACAUUAGAUUGUGCUAGAGAUGUCAUUGGCACCAGUACACGUACUUUAACUGAGGUUAACUCUGCUCCUGCUGCCACAACUGCUGCUACGGCCGCCUCUUCAACUGCUGCUGGUAGCAAUAAUGGUGGCAAUUUUUUGUUACCUCGAGCCAUGCUAAAAUACCAAAGCUCAACGUUAGCAACACAAACAGGAGCUACGGGCACAACAGCAGCCAACACAAAUUCAAUGCCAUUGGCAACGAAUACCAGCAACUGUAGCAGCCCCCAAAAUAGCAGCAAGUUACAACAGCAACAGCAGCAGCAAAUAAACUUACAACCAGCCAGAGAUGCUCAUAAAUUGGAUGGCAUUAACAACACCACCACCCCCUCUACUAUGAUGCCAAUGAAUGGCAGUAAUGCUGCUUUAAGAUUAAAGAAAACUUCUACCAGCUCUUCGGCCAUAACCUCUUUGGCUUCUGAGGACAUUGAGGAGGACCGGGAGACGGAAGAAAAUGGCCAGCUGAAAAAGGAAGAUAAAAUAGUUUUACCCAAGACUAUUAAUCCCAAAAACUCGGCCAGAGCCUCAUCACAUCAGUCACACUAUUCCACAGACAAAAGUGCCUCUUCGGGCUAUUACAGCUCAAAUGUAUGCUCCACCUACUCCAUGGAAGAGCAUAUUUACAGUGAGCCCACCAUAGAUUUAAAGAAGCUAAGAAACCAUGCAAAAGAAAGUCAAACUCCAUUGCCAUUAUCAUCAACAACAACAACAACAGCAGCUGCAGCUGCAACAUCUACACCAUCCUCGGCCACCACACUUCAAACCAACAGCAAGUUGCAACAACACCAGCACACUCUGGCCAGUGAGACGAACAGUGUCAUGCGUUCGCUGGACUUUAACACACGCUAUCGUUACGCGGAAAAGGAUUUAAGCGACUCACAAACACUGCCCUCGCAGAGAAACUCCCAAGAAUUUAACGAUAGUCUUAAGAUCCUUGAAUCGAGCAUAGAAAACCUGGAUCGCCAUUUAAAAUCAUUUCCGGCUGGCAGCUCCCAAGAGGCUUUAGUUAGCUACAGCCAAAAUCCCUACAAUGCAUAUGCCUCAGUGAAUCAUAAUGAUAAAUUACGCUCCUCCUCCUCCUACCAUCAGCUGCCCACCAUACAAGAGUCCUUGGAUGCGGUUAAAAAGCCAGGCUGGCCUGAGGACCGCAGUGAUGACUCCUUGAUGGAUAUAGAUUUGGAUUCCUUUCUCUUGGACAAAGACAAGAAAUUGGGCCAACCCGCCAAAGGAGCUUUAGCUAACAAGGGCCUGGAUAAUCCCACUUUCCUAACGGAGGAACAGGAAGAGAAUCAUUAUAAAUGUGCCAAAUAUAUUAACUCCUGUCCCGAGGAUGCGUAUCGUGUGGAAAGUGAUAUACUGGCGCCGGCGCGCAGCUCCAUAUCGGGCCAAUCGGUGGCGGUAUCGGUGGAUUCAUAUCCCAAGCGCUAUGAGGAACAAUUGCACUUUCAAAAUACCCGCGAACUAUUAGAGGAUGUGAGAGACAAAAUACGUCUGCUAACGCAAACUCAAGAGGCUGAAAAACAGCAGCAGCAGCAGUUAGUAGCUAACCAUGUUGAGGAUAAGGAAGAGCAUAUACCCAAAGAAUUGCACAGCAUGAUUAAUACGCUAAAGCAAGAGCUGGAAUUGUAUCUGGAGCGCAUGAAUCAGCACAGUGAACUGGAGAUACGCCAGCUGUGCACCGGGCUGGUAAAGAACCAGCACAUAGUCAAAAUGAAAAAUGCCUUCGAGAGAAGGCGUUCCCUAACCGAGACACCCGAUAUCUACUCCACCUAUGAGGCUAUACAAGACGGCAUAGUAGUGAAUGCCCAGGGAGUGCCCAUCAGCAUACGGCAACAAAUCACCUCGAUAAGAUGCUCUAGUGAUCCGAAUUUUAAAAUGAAACGCAAAUCCAUAACCGAAGUCUUUCCCAUGGCCGAGUGUUAUGUGGAGACGGUGCCCAGCUCUUCCACCACCACCCAAAUGCUAAGAAACCUAUCCUAUCACAAACCCGUGCUGGAGCAAUUGCAUCCCCAAAAUACCAAUAGCAGUCUUAAGGGGAACACCAGCAGUGGCAGCGGCAGUGGUGGCGACAGCUCGGAGCCCAACGAUAAAGAAUCCAUAUUGGAUUGGCAUCGCAAGAAGCCCAGCAUUUGGGAAAUGUAUUACGGCACCAAUCGCAUACAACAGUCGCUGUUGGGUGGCAAAAAGAAUGGCAUGAUGGUUACAACGGCCACUGCCAGUUCACCCUCCACCAUGUGCUAUCCCUCAUCACGUCCCGAAUCCGAUUUUACCUUAGAUCUGCCCCGUGCCGAACAGUUGCGUAUUAAAAUGGAAAAAGAAAAGAAAUUCCGCCAAAGAUGUCGUGUUAUAACCACAUUUUUAAGUUUAGUCUUCUUUCUACUGACCGUUAUGGUCGUUAGUCUGGUUCUAACACGUGGCAAACGUAUGUUUGGUAGUAUGAUUUAAAAACAACCCCCAUGCCUCUAGCAACAAAGGGGGCUGUACACAUUUUUAUUUCUUAUAUGUAUAUUAGUUUAAUUUCGUUUUUUUUUUUUGUAAAAACUCUUUUUUAUAAGAUUUUUCUUUAUUUUAUUUAGAACAAGUGCCGUAAUAAAUUGUAUUUUUUUAAUUAAAUGAAAUAACAAUAACAACGAAUAUAUAAUAUUUAAAUAAAUUGUUAGUGUCUGUAACAUGCAAAAUAAAAGAAUAUGUAUUUUAAAAAA